UUGUGUCGGUCUUCGUCAGCCGUCGUUGUUCUGCCACGCCCGCGGCUGGCUGUGGGCAAUGAGGAGGUUCUGAUCGCCGCCCUUUCGCAGUCUGCCUCCGUCCCCCAACGGUCUGCGCGGCCCUUGGUAUCCCGGGCGAUGAUCGAGCCGAGGGUGAAGCAGCUGUUGAAGCCUGAGUGGUUCGAAACUCUGGCGGUGCCUGUGCUGCUGAAAUGGUGCCCGGCCAGUCGCUUUCUGAUCAUUGACUACUUCUGCGACGGGGUCGGAAUAAGUCCGACUGCGUUUGACAGUUCCGGAUACUUACGUGAAAGUACGUGGUGA